CGAAAGUGAAUGACAAUGAAGUAUUUAUUGGCGGUAUUGUGCAUAGCGGGGGCUGCGGCGGAGGCGCCGGCGCCCUACGCGCCCAGUGGCUGGAGGCCUGAUGGACCCGCCUUCGAGCUGCCACAAAGGGGACAGAACCCCAACUACCUGCCUCCCGUGGAUCCACGCACGCCAGCUAACGUCCCUGACGCAGACAUCGACGUGACAGUCCAGGGUCUGCCACCUCGGCAGGAGCAACAACCGAUCUUCCAGCCAUCCCCUAUCGGAGGGCAACAGUAUGUGGGACCCAACUUCAAUGCUGAUAUCAGGAGUUUGGAUCAGGGCUUGAACCAAGCACAGUUCCAGAUACAGCAGCAGAAAACUCAGGAAUUCGCUCGCCAGAAACAGGAAAAUGAAGCGAGAUCACCAAGCACAAACUCACCAAAUCAAUUCAACCCAAGAGGCACUGUUCCUUCAAGAGCUCCCGCGAACCCAACUCAGUCCACCAUCACACCACGACCAGAUUUCAGAACCACUUCCACAACUCCUGCUGAUCUUGACUUAAACGAAGGGGAAACAGACGAAGUUGGAUCUCCAGCAGUAUCUGAAAAACAAAGGGUGUCAGUGGAAGUUUCCAGGCAAAACAUUCAAGAAUAUCCUCCUGAGUUGUUCCUAAAUCCCUUAGCACAGUUAAGAUUGCAGCCUUUCCAGUUUGGAAAAUCCCCUAUCGUAUUACCAGGAGAACAGUCUCAGAAGCAAGUGGCUGGAUUUGAUGCUCAAACACACUUUGCGGCUUUGCCUUCAAUAAUAGCUCAACAACAGCUAGCUCAGCAACAGUUAGAUCAGCAACGUGCUCUUCUUCAACAAUAUCCAGGAAAUCAAGCAUUUGUAGUGUCAGGACAGACUUCAAACCGUGGCUUCCUCAUUCAAAGCCCGCAGCCUUUGCAACCAAUUACGCAGUUGCAACCUCUCGUUCAGCCCGUGUCUCCAAUUCAAGGACAAAGUGUAGUUUUACAGCCACAGGGUGUUAAUCAAAUUCAGCCGAAUGUUGAGCAAACAAGACAGGAAAAUGAUGAUGAUGAUGAUGAACAACGUGAUGUCGAUCAAUCUCAACAGCCCCAAGUUCAACCACAAUUUGGUUUCCAACCACAACCUCAAGUCAUUUACCAGCAACAACCUCAAGGUUUUCAACCUCAAGCAGUACAACCACAGGGAUUCCAACCUCAAGGGUUACAACCACAGGGAUUCCAACAACCUCAACUGAUCUACCAACAGCCUGAGGUGUAUCAACCGCAAGCAGAAACUGUUUCUCAGCAAGGUUUCCAACAGCCACAAGUUUACCAACCUCAACAAGUGUUUCCUCAACCAGCUCUCCAGCCAGCGUUCCAGCAAGAUCAGCCUCAAAUUUACCAGCCCCAGACCUCAUAUCAACCUCAAACUUACCAGCCUCAGUACUACACUCCAGACCAACAGGUUCAAGGACAACUAGUGUCGAUACCAGCUCAAAAUAUUGACCAAUUCUAUCAACAACAGCUUCAACAGCAGCAGCUUGGCCAAAAUCAAGGGCAACAAGAUGCUUUGAGUGGUUUUGAUGUGAACCAGCAAGGGAACAGCUUGGACCAGCAUGAUAAGGAGUCUGAUGAGAAUGAAGAUGGUGCGACAGCCACCGCUGUUGCUACUGCUUUUGGGACCAGGACCCAACCUCGUGUGUUCUCGACGUACGGAGCACCGGUCCCGAGAGCCCAAACUGCUACCACAGAAGCACCCGCCGAGGAGGUCACUACGGAGGAGGGCCCAGCGAUUGCAGAAGCUACCGCUGUUGCGAGAGGAGGUAGAAGGAAGAGUGCUAAAUUGAGGAGCCGCCGCAUCAGACCAGACAGUCCCAUCUUCACCCUGGACAAGUCUGGCCGUCUGGUGCUCUUGUCUGGACAGGAGCGUUUGUGAUUUACUAGUAACAGACCAUUCGUGCAUGGUGUUGGCAAAGUGUGGCAAUGUCAUCAUCAGUGAUCGGAGAUUUUAUUGCAACGUGCGGAAAAUUGUCUAAGAUUUUAUUUUAUUGGGUUUAGUGCAUAAAAAUACUACCCACAUUCAUAGAACAAGCAAAAAGAUCUAUUUAGCGAAUCAAGUGAACUCGGUAAAACCCACUGAGUUGUCCGUCUUUGCUUGCAGCUUUCGUUCGUUAAUUUUUAUAAGUCGAAAUCAACAAAAACAUAAAAAAAUGCUUCGUUACGUGAUAUUUAAUUGCAACAACACCAAAAUUAUGCACACUCAAGGGCCUGAGACAUAAUUCAAAAUCACAGGCAAGAGUAACAACUUCAGUACAAAAUCUGACACGCUCGGCUCCUAUACAAAUAGAUGAACUUGUUUCUUCUAUGUAAAUCUAGGUAGUUCUGUGACCCAUAUUCUAUUUAUUCUAAAAGUAUUAUUUUCUGGCGGUUUCGGUUAGGCAACGUGGGCUUAAAGUUUUAUAUUUCAACUUGACAUAUCGUGGCGUUGCAACCAAAACCCCGAUCACUGGUAAUCAUUGAUGUGCAGAUGUAGUGCAUAAUUGUUUUCCAUCGUUUUCUCGGAAAUGUUCGUAUUUGUCGUGUGUUCAGUCAAUGUUAUUACUUUUUCUUCUGAGACUGACUGAGAGAGCAUGACGUUCGUAAGUUUCCGUGGAAAUACGAAAGAAAAACAUUUCGCACCGC